GUUAGCACCUACUAUUUUACCUUCUUACCUCCCCUUCUAAAGCUCAACUCAGGAAAAUCAUCCUGUAUUGAUUUAUCCUAUUAUUCAAUAAAUUAUCUUAGUGAAUUAAAGCCCCUAUGUUACAAUGGGCUCCAUGUUAUUAUUAUCUAUAGCAUUUGUCGCGUCAUAUUACGAAAUUCCAGAUAUUGGUAUUCGUCAGUGUUGCAUCUAGAAUCCUCUCUUCGAUACCGCCCUCAAGACCGCUCCUCCUCCCAGUUUUCUUGGAGAAAUAAAUAUACGUAGACGAUGUAUCCUGUCCUAUUAUUUACCUUUGUAUUCCUCGGCGGCUAUGUCCACUAUCUGUGGAAAGCCGAGGGUGCCCUCCACGAACCAUGGGUCCCAGAAGUCGGCGACCGACUCUUCAGCCAGCGACCGCUACCCCCGUUUAGAGAAGAGUCUAGUAUAACAACCUAUUCGCUUCCUCUACGGACUCAGGGUCGAAAUAUUGUCGAUUCCAACGGUCGCCGCUACAAGCUCUCCAGCGUCAAUUGGUACGGAGCUAGCGACGAGCUCUUUAUCCCCGGAGGUCUCGAAGUCCAACACCGUUCCGUUAUCGCGGCCACUAUCCGCCUCUUAGGCUUCAAUAGCGUGCGCCUACCCUACUCGGACGAGAUGGUCAUAAAGAACCCGCAUAUCCUUCCACAUCUCCUGACCGCCAACCCCGACCUUAUGGGCUCUCGCGCACUCGAUGUGUUCCAAGCCGUCGUCGAGGCAUUGACCGAUGCUGGCAUCGCUGUCAUAAUCAAUAAUCAUAUCACAAGCGCGACGUGGUGCUGUGGCGCGGACCCGUGCGAUGCCGGCUGGUCCAACGAUCACCUCGGUCCCUUAUGCCCGAUUCCGCAGUCAGAGGAGGAUUGGAUACAACAUUGGGAGACGGUGAUGGAGCCGUUUGUGAAUAACCCUAGAGUCAUCGGGGCCGAUCUGAGAAACGAGGUGCGCGGCGUCUGGGGCACUAUGUCGUGGAAUAGCUGGGCGACUGCUGCCGAAAAGUGCGGAAACAGGUUGCUGAAGAUGAACAAGGACUGGCUGAUUGUUGUCGGCGGGACCGAGUCCGGGAACGACCUUACGAAGGCACAGGAGCGACCGGUGAAACUCGAUGUUGCCGACCGGGUUGUGUAUUCGGCGCACGUAUAUGCUUGGUCCGGGUGGGGCAGUCGCGAGGGACGAUACGCCAAGCGCAGCUACGCUUCUUUUAUUCAGGCGAUGAGGGAGAACUGGGCAUACCUAGUCGAGAACGACGUGGCGCCGGUAUGGGUAGGUGAGUUCGGUGCACCCCGCAACCCCGGAAUAGGCGACGCAAACUACUGGCGAAACCUACUGCGGUACCUAAAGCACAUCGACGCGGACUUCGGAUACUGGGCUAUCAACCCGCGCAAACCUAAAGACAACGAACCAGAGUCGUACUCCCUCGUCAAUGACGACUGGGUUACGCCUAUCCUCGACUAUCGCAUGCGCGACAUGACGGAGCUCAUCGCCGGCGCGGGAGACGGCGGUGAUGACGAGAAUGAAGAUACGGAAAAUGAGGAGGCAAAUAGGAAUAAGAGCGAUGCAGUAGAAGAGUUGUAGAAAGCGCUGUUUUAUAUCUGGUUCAAAAAAAUCGCAAGUUAGCGGAUUGGCUACGCAGGAGAUACCACUCGGGAGGGAAAUUUGAAUUUCAAGCUGUACAAUCGCUAUAUCAACCUAAGAUAUUGUCAUCGGCGUCAGUAUCACAUACACCCCAUCAUUACGGCUACUACGAUAGCCCACUCUAGUUUGGAACAGAGGUAGGGACAUCAACAAUUGAGUUUUUAGGAAGCGAUUCCGUAGAAUUGAUGACGGGGUUUGAUUCUUGUCUUGUGAGGCCAGGGGCAGGCUGUUGACUAUGUUGAUAUGAUCUCUUAAGUAUGAACAGGGACGAACACUGGAUCAAGUCUCUCUUUCGCAGAUGUCCCUAUUACCUGUGCGACAGGUCAAAUCAAAGGGUAUCUCACCAUCCCUUAUAUUAAGUAAUAAAGACUUAUCCUUUUUCAACGUACCAUCUAGGCACUAGUUAAUCGUCCUAGAAGCUUCGUGGUCUCGCCCCCACAGGUCGACAAGUGGCUGCAUUCAAAAUCCUUAAGGACUGAGGAAGGGUCUUCAGAAUGCUGUGCUACCUUACCAAUGCGAGGAAGGGGGGUUACAUCAACAAUGUUCGUCAUGACAUACACUCUCGUUUCUCCCAGUCAUUUAGUAUGCAUUCUCUUCUUCUUCGUUCAU